GGUUGCUUAAUACCUCCAGGCCUUGGUUUUCCUUUAAAGAGAAAGACGAGGAGGAAGAGGAUGUCACCCCCACCUGUGAAGUUGUGAAGGCUCCAGGCACCACAGUGAGUGUGGGACAAGGGCUCAUUGUUGGUGUGAAUGACACUCUCAGAUGUCAAGAAGAUACUAAAACACAGGACAGCAGAAGCAGGUCAACGCCGUGACAUGCAAGAGUUUGCUCUGAGCCUAUUGGUCCUUCUAGCAGGCCUGCCUACUUUGAAUGCCAAUGACCCUGAAGAUAAAGAUAGCCCUUUCUACUAUGAUUGGCACAGCCUCCGAGUUGGCGGACUCAUCUGUGCAGGGAUUCUCUGUGCCCUGGGGAUUAUAGUCCUUUUGAGUGGCAAAUGCAAAUGCAAGUUCAGCCAGAAACCCAGUCACCGUCCAGGAGAUGGGCCACCUCUCAUCACACCAGGAUCUGCUCACAACUGCUGAAGACAGACCAGUUAAAAGAGCAUAGGUCCUGGCUCUGGAGGUGGGCUUGAACUCCAAGAUGGCUGGUCCCCUCCCUCUCCUGACACUGCCUUGCCCGAGCCUGGUCUCACCCCUCGUGGUAACAGGCUCUUUGUUCAGUUUUUAAUAUAAAAUGAUUUUACAUCAUA